AUGUCCUUCAACGAGUUCCUCAAGCGGCGCUCGCUCAAGGCCGACGAUACUCGCCGUACGCGAGCGGCCGAAUUGACACUGCGCCAGUCCAUCUAUCCCAUUUGCCUGGUUACCAUUCUGUUCUUUCUCUGGGGAUUUAGCUAUGGUCUACUAGAUACCCUCAACAAGCAUUUCCAGGUUGUACUUGGUAUCAAUCGAUCACGUUCGGCGGGUCUGCAGGCCGCUUACUUUGGCGCGUAUCCUCUGGCUUCCGUUGGUCAUGCGGCAUGGAUUCUUCGGCAUUACAGCUACCGUGCUGUUUUCAUAUGGGGCUUGUGUCUGUAUGCCCUUGGUGCUCUGUUGGCCAUUCCGGCACUCAAGAACCAUAGCUUUGGCGGAUUCUGUGCUUGCAUCUUCAUUAUUGGCAAUGGCCUUGGGUCGCUCGAGACGGCUGCAAACCCCUACAUCACAGUCUGCGGUCCUCCAAGAUACUCCGAGAUUCGAAUCAAUAUUUCACAGGCCUUUAAUGGCGUGGGCACCGUCAUUGCCCCGGUGCUGGGUUCAUACGUCUUCUUCAACUUCAGUGAUGAGCGUGCGCUUGACAAUGUCCAGUGGGUCUAUCUAGCCAUUGCCAUCUUUGUGCUCCUGCUCGCCACGUUAUUCUUCAUGUCUGAUAUCCCAGAAAUCACUGAUGCCGACAUGGAGUUCCAAGCAAAGGAAACACAUGCCGGCGCCACAGAGAAACCAUUUAUUAAGCAGUACAAACUAUUCCAUGCCGCAUUUGCCCAAUUCUGUUACACGGGUGCUCAAGUAGCCGUUGCUAGCUUCUUCAUCAAUUAUGCCACAGCCACCCGCCCAGGCACAUCCGACUCCCUCGGGUCCAAGUUCUUUGCUGGCGCGCAGGCAGCAUUCGCCAUCGGACGAUUCACCGGUGUCGGCAUUAUGAAAUAUGUCCGUCCGCGAUGGGUUUUCCUUGCCUUCAUCUCGUGCUGUAUCAUCUUUCUCUGCCCGUCGAUAACCCAGCGCGGCAACACGGGCAUCUCGAUGCUCUACGUCGUCUUGUUCUUCGAGUCCAUUUGCUUCCCUACCAUUGUCGCGCUUGGCAUGCGAGGCCUGGGUCGACACACCAAGCGCGGCAGCGGCUAUAUUGUCGGCGGUGUCGUUGGCGGUGCCGUUGUCCCGCCCGCAACAGGCGCUGCAGGAGAUACAUUUGGUGACGGCUACGCCAUGUUUGUGCCGCUGAUAUUCAUGGUAAUGGCUUGGACAUACGCCGCCUGCGUCAACUUUGUUCCCGCAUACAGAAAUGUCGUCGACUCUCUUGGUGAGGCUGAGAUUGGCAUUGUACACCGGACAGAAGAUGAGGAGAACAGCAAAUCAACAUCAAAUGAUGAGAAAUCAAGGGAAGAGCAUGCACACAUCGGGCAUGUUACGAAGGAAAAUACUGUGGAGACGGACGCUGCACUGGCUUCGGCACCAAAGGAUUUAUAG